AUGACGGAUUUUUACACGAGGGGAAAUCUGUUCUGGCUUGUUGUCCUGAGCUUUGGACUCUUGUGUGUCCUUCAAGCUUCUCUCAACAUUUCACUGCGCUUCACUCUCUAUAAGACAGGAGAGGACAUUUUAAAGAACGUGACUGAAGAGAGAGACGAGUUAAAGACAAAGCUGGCUGUCUUUGGAUGGGAGCAUUUCAACGGUAGUUACUACUACAUUUCCUCAUCGAUGAAAUCCUGGCAGGACAGCAGAAGUGACUGUCAGCAGAGAGACGCAGACCUGCUGAUCAUCAACAGCAAAGAAGAGCAGGAAUUCAUAAGACGUUUCCAAAUACCCAUCUGGAUUGGACUGACUGACCGAGACACAGAGGGAGUGUGGAAAUGGGUGGAUGGGAGUCCGCUGACCACAAGGUUCUGGUUCGAUGGGGAACCCAACUCUUACCAAAGCAAAAACGAAGACUGUGCUCUAACAAACUACCACGAUAACAAAAACAACUGGAAUGAUGCCGUAUGUGACAAUAAAAACUUUUGGAUGUGUGAGAAGAAAAUGGCGCAUUGACUCCAUAACACCUGAACCUGAGAUAGCAGGUCAACAGCCGAUGACACAUAGAAGUCAACCUAUUAAUUAAAAUGAUAGAAGGUAGAAGUCUAGAAGCAUUUAAUUGAGUUGUUGCAUCAAUUCUUGUGUUGAUACUUUUGUUUGGACAGAUUUGGUGCCAAAUGUGACGACUCGAAAAUGUAUUUAAAAAUGGUCAAAUGUCAGAAUGAUACUGUUAUUUUCAACUAAAAAUGUACCUCCUGGAGCACUUCUGUUCUGGAAACUGCAUAUAUA